AUGGAAGAAGUGCAGAAGAAAAGAAAAUCCAGGUGGGGAGACUUAGAAAACAGUACAGAUAAUAUUAACAAGACGGGCGGAACAGUUCAAGUGAAUAAGUCAAUCGAACCGAUUAAGACAAAUGAUGUAAAUGCUCUGUUAAACAGAACGGGUAACAUUUUAGGAGAAUUCAAUAUGAGUGGAGCGUCUAGAUUGGCCACCUCCACCCCGGGAAUAAUGAAUCCUCCCGUAGGGUUGAACACCGCCGCCACUGGUCUACCAACUCAGUUCCCACUCACAGGGAAGAGCUUCCCGGCGUUAUCUCCCGCUAUCCAUUUAAAUAUAUUAAAAGCGACGGAAGCAGCCAAAUUAGCAAUAGAAAGGGCAAAAAGAGCUAGCAGGUUUAAGGAAGACAUGAAAGAGAACGUAAAGAAAGUAGAGUUUGUGCCGAAGCCUUUAAAAUUUGAUGAACAAGGCAGAGAAAUAGAUGAUGAAGGAAAUGUGAUAAAUAUAAAACCAAUUACUUUUUCUACACUGAAAGUGAAUAUUAACAAGUUGGAAGAAAAUAAUCUUUUAAAAAAAAAAAACGAAUUAGGAAAUAAAAAUAGUGAAGAAUAUGUACAUGAAGAUAAUAAAUGGUUUGAUUCUAGAAUAAAAAAUGUCCAGAAGAAGAAAAAAAAAAAUGCCUUUAAUUUUAUUACACCAGGUUCUUUUAUGAAACUAGCCAAUUCGAGGAAUUACAAUACAAAAUCACAGAUGAAUUUUGAUCUGAAAAAAUUUAUGCAGGAUAAAAAGAACGUGCAGUCUCUGCAAGAAAUGUCUUUAAACUUUUUAAACAGUGAUCUAAAUGAUAGCAUCAAUCCGAACUUAAUAGAUAUUAAUAACAAAGAUGUUAGAAGAAGGAAGGAGUGGAAGGACAAUGAAAAGUAUGACGCGAUGGAAAAAUGGGAUUUGGUUCUAUUCAAAAAGGUUGAAAAUAAAGAAAACUUGAAGGAAUACAUUUUGGAGCAAAUGACUAACUGGAAGAAGGGGAAUCUCCACUUGGGGGGAGGCACUACACAUCAUGGAGUGCAGAAACCUGAUGGAAAUUCCCAUGUUGAUGCAGACGAAAUAAGCAAAAAUGAUAAGAAUGAUCCAGAUGAAUACAUGAGCAGCGUCUGCCUCCAAGUUAACAAACUGAUACAAAAACGGAGCGCCAAUAUCCUCCUGUUACAAUGUAACGAAAUAAUAAUUAAUGAAGAUCUGUAUAAAAUAAACCUAAAGAAAAUCACAAAUUAUGUGGAACAUCCAAUUUCGCUAAAUGAAGAUAAGAAAGAAGAGAAGAUGACCACCCCACACAUGUUCUUAACCCCGUUAGAAAGGAAAAAGCUAAGGAAGAGGAAAAGACAAGAGAAGGAAAGAGAGAAACAAGACAAAAUUCGUAUCGGUCUAAUGCCCCCACCACCACCGAAAAUGAAAUUAUCAAAUCUGAUGAGAGUCCUUGGAGACAGUGCAGUUUCGCAGCCCUCAAGAAUAGAGCUAGAAGUGAGACAACAAAUGAAAGAAAGAGAACUGAGACAUUUUAAACAAAAUCAAGAGAGAAAAUUAAAUCCAGAAGAAAAAAGUAAAAAGAAAAUGAAGAAAUGGACAUGUGAUCCAAAUCAAGAAAAUGAAGUCCUCGUUAUUUAUAUAUCAAAUUUAUCCAAUAAAAAACACAUAUUUAAAAUUGAUAUAAAUGCUCAGCAGCUGCAUUUGACGGGUGUGUGUGUUAUGACUGUUCUUUAUAAUUUUAUUAUUGUAGAAGGGAAACAUAUUUCCAUUGAGAGGUACAAGAGGUUAAUUUUUAGGCGAAUAAAAUGGAAUGAAGAUGAAUACAAUGAUGAGGAGGAAGACGAUGAUGGAGAUGAUGAUGAGGAUGAUGAAGACGAAGGAGAUGAAGAAGGUGGAAGUGGAGGCAUAGAUCACCAUCAUAACAGUAACAAUAUGAACGAUAAAGCAGAUACAAGUAAAAUAAAAUCCAAUUUGGAUACACAGACAGAUUACCAUCCUAAUGAUCCUGUAAAUAUUAACGUGAAGCAGGGAUGUACUUGUAGCCUCAUUUGGAGCGGUACUGUGAAGAAAAAGAAUUUCCUCAACUGGAAAAUGAUAAUUGCCAAGACCGAAAUGGAGGUAACAGAUUAUCUGCAGAAGCAUGACGCGCUGCACUACUUCCACAUAGUCAAGAAGCACAGGAACGUGUCCGAUGAUGUGUGA